GCAUCCAACUAAAAAAACCAGAAUCGUACAGAUGAAAGUCUAGCUUUCUUUGUCUUGGAAUCAAAUGGCCACAAACAUUUGAAACAAUCCGCCAACGGCUGUAGGGUCCCAUAUUCAAUGUGCAUGGCAAGAAGAAAAAAUGUUGUAGACCACAUUUAAGUAAGCGACCAAAAAAGAAAAAAAAAUCCGCAAUCUUCCUCCGCCUAUAAAUGGUGCCCAGCCUUGAGCAUCAUGCCUCGUAAAUGAUAUAGCAUUCCACCUAUCAUUUUCUUGCCAUAACGCAACAAAGCUAGCCUAGCUUGCAUGUGAAAAAAUGGCAAUGCCAAUAAUAAUGUUAGAAGAGGAAGAUCCAAUUUAUGGAGACAUGCUAGAGGAAACACUAUCACGCGUGCCACUUAUCGACUUGAUCCCGACAUUGCGCGUGUCAAAGUCAUGGAACCAAGCAGUUCACUCCUCCCUCCUCAGCCGCAAUCCGCCCAAGCCUUGGCUGAUUAUCCACUCCCAAGCCACUCGCCACCCCUACGCCGCCACCACCCGUGCCUACGACCCUCGUUCGCGUGUGUGGAUUAAGAUGUCUCAGCCCGCCUCCAUCAUCAGACACGCCACCGCCCUUCGAUCAUCCAACUCCAAUUUCCUCUAUAUGUUGUCCCCUUCAAAGCUCUCCUUCUCCUUCGACAAGUUGAAUCUUAGAUGGCACCACGUGGAUGCUCCACUGCUGUGGCGCGGGGACCCAAUCGUCACCAAAGUUGGUGACUCAAUUGUCGUCGCCGGUGGCACGUGCGACUUCGAAGACGACCCCCUCGCCGUCGAAAUAUACAGCAUCAAGAACCGGAGCUGGCGCACCUGCGAUUCCAUGCCGGCGAGGUUGAAGGACUCCGCAGCUUCAACAUGGCUUUCCGUGGCUGCCACGCCAGAAAAACUCUUUGUCAUGGAGAAACAUUCUGGUGCGACGUACUGGUUUGACUUAGAUUCCAACGACUGGUCCAAACAAUUCGAUCUCCGUCCAGAUCAACGCUGUUUUUACUCGGUCAUCGGGUGCGUUAAGGAACGUUUGAUUCUCGUGGGUUUGAUCGGAGACGUCGAAAAUGUCGAGAAAGUGAAGGUAUGGGAGGUGGGUUACGAUUCUAAUUCCGGGUCUUUCGAUCGAUGCAUGGAAAUAGGAGAGAUGCCUCGUCUGUUUGUGGAGAAGCUUGAAAGUGAAACUUUUGGAAUUUCUUCGAUAAAUAUUUGUUUAGCUGGGAGUUUUGUGUAUAUAUACAACCCGGAGAAGGUGGAGGAGGUGGUAGCGUGUGAGCUUAUCAAGGGCGGCGGAUGCAAUUGGGGAAGCGUGCACAACGCCGUGUCUGGUGGUGGUUGCGGGAUGGAGAGGGUGGUUUUUACGUGUGCAGAUGUUAAGGUGGAGCAGUUGGAACGAGCUCUGAGGGCGGAGAACCGGAGGUUCGAGGUAGUUAACGUUUGACUUUGAGUUUGACACAAUAAUUUGGUUGGCGGGUGGCGUUAACAGAGAGAUAGAUGUAUCGUUUUGUGAUGUAGCAGCCCAGCCCCCUGUCCUCGGUGCUCUGUCUUCACUGGAGUGGAGGUAGCAAUGCAUUGGGCUGGCUAGAACGGUUGGUCCAUGCAAUUGAUGUCCCGUAGAAGUUUGAUUUUAGCAUUAAUGAAUGGGAUUUGAUUGUGGGACACAUCUUUUAAUGAAUACUAAAAUUUACUCUUGUGUUUUUAUAUACUAUUCUUAAAGUUAUUUAGUUAGAGUAAAUCUUAUAUACAUUGAUGGUGUAUAUACUAUCAUCGUUGGAUUCAUGAUAUGUGUAUAAAACUUGAAUUUCAAAUUUAAA